GAGUCCCUGCCCCGAGGUGCAUACAAUCUGAACGGAGGGAGGGAGCGUUGGAAAUUGGCUUCUGAGCCUGAACACCCAAAUGAUCCGCGACGAGAGAGCCCGGAAUGCGCCGCGAAUGGACCAUUCUGGGCCAUUCAUGCAGACCAAACGGAGAGCGCGCAGGAAAGGCGCAGCCCAUCCUCGCCUCCCCGAAAAGCGGGGUGCUCUUUUCUGAUGAUGCAGCGCCUCCCUCCCCGGCGAAAGGAGACGCACCCACCAAAUGCACCGGCUUUGGGAGUGGAAGGAGGAAGGGGCGCCUUUUGGAGGGGGUGAGAGCGUGUCUCUUUAAACGGGAGCGCGCAGGGAGCUGAGCCCGGCUGCUUGGAGCCGGCCAUGGGGCUGAGGAUGGAGCGAUCCUGGCCCCACCAGCCACAGCCCGGAGCUCUAGGGCUCCUGCGCCCCCUUCAGCUUCUCCUGCUCCUCUUGCCCGAAACCUGCUGGGGCAAAUACGUGAAAGGCAACAUCAGCACCAAAGAGGACUGGGUCUUUCUGACACGAUUCUGCUUCCUUUCCGACUAUGGCCGCCUGGAUUUCCAGUUCCGCUACCCAGAGGCCAAAUGCUGUGAAAACAUCCUUCUGUAUUUUGAUGAUCCUUCCCAGUGGCCAUCUGUCUACAAGAAAGAAAAUAAGGAUUGUUUGAUGAAAGAAUCCGUAAUCCGCCCAGAAAACAAUCAGGUGAUCAACCUCACAACCCAGUAUGCCUGGUCUGGAUGUAAGUUGGUAACAGAGAACUCAGUGCGUUAUCUGAGCUGUGCUAGUGGCAGAAGUUUCCGCUCAGUCCGUGAGCGUUGGUGGUAUGUGGCUCUCAGCAAGUGUGGGGGUGACGGGCUGGAACUGGAAUAUGAGAUGAUUCUGACCAACGGCAAGUCCUUCUGGACACGUCACUUCUCAGCCGAUGAGUUUGGCAUCCUGGAAACUGACAUUACUUUUCUGCUUAUCUUCAUCCUGAUCCUCAUCAUUUCCUGCUACUUUGGCUAUCUCUUGAAGGGGCGGCAGCUUCUUCACACCACCUAUAAGAUGUUCAUGAUGGCAGCUGGCGUGGAGGUGCUCAGCCUAAUGUUCUUUUGCAUUUACUGGGGCCAAUAUGCAAGUGAUGGCAUUGGAAAAAGCAGCCUCAAGAUCUUGGCUAAACUCCUCUUCUCGGUCAGUUUCCUGAUCUUCCUUCUGAUGCUGAUUCUGCUGGGAAAAGGAUUUACUGUCACCAGGGGCCGGAUCAGUCACACUGGCUCUAUCAAGCUUUCCGUGUACAUGACACUGUAUACUAUCACACACGUUGUGCUGUUCAUCUAUGAGGCCGAGUUCUUUGAUCAGGCGCAGGUGCUGUACACGUAUGAGUCACCAGCUGGAUAUGGCCUGAUCGCCUUGCAGUUUGUGGCUUACAUCUGGUUCUGCUACGCCAUCCUCAUCACUCUUAAGCAGUUCCCAGAGAAACAGCCUUUCUACGUACCCUUCUUUGCUGCCUACACCCUCUGGUUCUUCGCUGUCCCGGUUACUGCACUUAUUGCUAACUUUGGCAUCCCUAAGUGGGCUCGGGAAAAAAUAGUCAAUGGUAUCCAGUUGGGUAUUCACCUGUAUGCCCAUGCAGUCUUUCUGAUCAUGACGCGGCCCUCCGCAGCCAAUAAGAACUUCCCAUACCAUGUGCGGACGUCACAGAUCGGGAUUGUCGAAGAGGUGGCAGCCGGGGCCAAGUUUCCGCAUCACGUAUAUGGCAACGUGACCUUCAUCAGCGACUCAGUGCCCAACUUCACAGAACUCUUCUCCAUCCCUCAGAGCACAGGGACCGACACCGGCAAUCCUCGUAAACAGGUGGAGGAGACGUCGUCUGCGGACCGUACCCUGACGCCCAGCUGCGUGGUCACCACCUCGGAGCUCAGCGGUGCCCCAGUGCUGUUGAAGCCUUCCUCGGGGAGUGAGACCCAGCCACCCCCCUACCAGCUCCAUGCCCCUCAGCUCCACCAACACAAUGGCUACACUGAGUAUUUUAGCAUGCACACAGCUGGUGCGCGGCCUGUCUAAGGUUCUCGUGGCCCUUUGCAACUUCCCUGCUUUCUCUCUCUCUUUCUCUCUACUUCCCAGGCUCCUUGCCUCGAACCUAUGCCUGGUUUCUCUUCUUGGACCCCUUUCUCCUUGCACCUUCUGCUGCCUUUUCCCCCUUUGACAGCUUUCUACCCAUAUCAGAGGGCUAUUCUAUCUCAUGUCUCCCUGGAACACUGUUGGACUGCUGUUGUCGAAUACAGAGAAGCCAGACGGAUGGGACCGAGCAGAAUCGGCUGCCGUUCGCACGGUCUCCUUGCCCAUUUAUGACAGAGGGAGGGAAUCCUCACCCCUAGUUAGUCGGUGUGAUACUUCUCUGUCUCUCCCCCCCAGGACAGUGUUAAGUUCCCUGUCUGGGACUCGUUCAGCGUGGAGGAAGCCAGUCACUAGAUGGACGUGGUCCAGCUUUCUCUUCCACCCUUAGUUCAGCUAGAGCACCAGAUCUACUGUUAGCUGCCUUUCCCCCCCUAGACAGUGUGACCCAGCGGAAGGUCACCCAUAGCUCUUCUCAGCCGCUCUUGUGGAACAGCUCUCCCAUUUGAAAGCAGACAUAUCAGCCCAGACUGGCCUUGUAAUGAUGUAGCCAAGUUUUUUCUGUAUCACUUCCUUUUUAGGUCAUACUUCCCCACCUGUCCUAAUGAUGGCAGCUGGAAUCCUUUCCAUCCCCUUUACCUUGAUUUCCCUGUUCCUCCCCCAAGGGUAAUGGCGUUGCCCUCUACCUUCUCGUGACGGUGCUGUAGGUUCUGCUCCCUGAUGACGGUGGGUUUCUGAAAUCCAUCGGAGUGGGUUUUUCUUUUUCGCCAAAAUAAAGAGGAUUCUCGUGUUUCUA